GACAAGGAGAGGACAGGAGAGCAAAGGAGGCAGUCUUGUGGAUCCCCUGAGCCUCAUCGUCAACUGGUCGUCAACCUGUUGUUAGCAUAUACCCUGCCAGUCAACUCGGUUGUUGUUCGCCGGCAUCCUCUGUUGUCGAGGGCGGCUGGAGGUCAUCCCCCAUCAGUCUGUGCUGCGGUGCCACAGGGAGGGCUUGGGCCUUGCUGAUUGAUCCAUCGUUGUCAUUGAGACCAUGAGCGGCUUUGCGCGGAGGCGGUCAGUCACCACACACACUGCCCAAAUCAGACAGACCGCCACGCACUCAUGUGUGUGCAUGUGUGUGUUAGACUACUGCUCAACCAGAUCAACUUUUUCCGGACGCGCUUCCAGCCAUCAUUUGGGGGUCGCAUGGCCGUGAGCGAGAAGGAGAGGGAGGCCGAGAUGCAAACCAGACACACGCUGCUGCAGAAAAGUGAGUGUCCAGAGGGAGAUGGGUGGCUGGUGGAUGGCUGAUGGAAUGGAUGGGUGGUGCGCUUGUCGUGUGGGUGUUGUGUUGUGUGUGACAUGGUUGAUGCAGGCAAGCAGCGUGGCUUCUUGGAGCUGGAUCGUUUGUUGGGUUCGUUUGCGGAUUCGUUCAUCUGGACGUUGUCAGAGCAUCAGCUGACGCAGUUCGAGUCGCUGCUGGCCAUGGAGAACCCACAACUCUUCUCAUACAUCUCGGGUGGGUGGCAUGCCUGGGCCAACAAAGAGACAGACGGGAAAAGGGAGAGAGACAGACACUGUGUGUGUGUGUGUGUGUGUCAUGCGUCAACUAUAUCAGGUCAGCAGCCCGUGCCAGCCGAGCUGCGCUCGAACGAGGUGAUGCAGCUGAUGCUCUCAUACGUCAACGCCAACCACCCCUCAGGCAGGAGAUACGUAUAAUGGCCGGCCAUGAUGUGUGGAUGACCGAGCGACAUCCAUCGGCCCCAUCAGAUGGGUGUGCAGCCGCUGCACACGUGCAUAUUGCUACCCAUCUACCUACCUACGGGAAGGGGAAGGGGUGAAGGGAGGGAGCGGGGGAUGGACAGGCCGGGCGAGUCGGUGCCUGGCAUGACAUGGCGUGACAGACAUGGUGUGGCUGGCAUGAGUGGGCGACUACGCGCGUAUUCGGCCGACUGACCUGACCUUUAUUUAUCAUUUUUCUGUGGAUCUUGUCUUGUUGUACUGACUCAUCCAUCCAUCGUGUGUGUAUUGUAUUGUUUUGUGUGCCCCCUGACUGAGUAUACCUGCCGUCUCACUCACUGGGCCUGCAUGCUCGCUCUUUUUGCCGUAGCUAUAUCGCUAGCUGCCAUGGGUGAGAAUGGCUGGCUGACCGGCUCUCGUCUCUCCGUCCACCUGUCUGUCUGUCAGUCUGUCUCUGUGUGUGUGCGUGUGUGUGUGUGUGGACAGAUUGGGGGAGGGACGGAGAGAGGGAGAAGGGCAUUUUGCUGCAUGGCAUGGUGCGCGUGUCU